AUGCCGUCCAAAACCAUCAUCAGCCAACUGGCCCUCUCACUGGCUCUGUGCAACUCUGCCUUGGGCCAGGUCGUCAAUGGCGCCGACUACAACAAGCCUAACGGAGGACCUCCGGCCAGCUUCUUCGCUGCUGCAUCGACGAUGCCUGUGGCAGCCCUUCAGGCAGCGGCCGCCAAAGCCACCAAGGUUCCCAGCCUGGCCACGUAUCCUGUGAGUCAGGAUUCUGGUGCGGCCAAGUCGACCAUCCACACCGACUGGGCGUCAUUCGGUGAGGGCGCCUCCAUCUCGUGGAUAGCCGACAUGGAUGUCGAUUGCGAUGGGCUCAAUUCUGGAUGCCAGGGAAAUCCGGAUGGACAACCGCAAACCAACUGGGGCGCCCUGUCUGCAUAUGAGGUGCCCUUCAUCGUUAUUCCGGACAAGUACCUGUCGGCCAAUACCGGCGCGCUUCCUGGCAACAACAUUGCUGCUGUGAUCUGCAACGGCAAAAUGUUCUACGGGAUCCUCGGAGACUCCAACGGUGACAGCCCCCAGGUCACCGGCGAGGCGUCCUGGUUGAUGGCCCGGACCUGUUUCCCCAGCGAGGGCCUGAACGGCAAUAACGGCCACACCGGUGUCGAUGUAACCUACAUCGUCUUCACUGGCAAGGAUGCAGUGCUCCCCAGCAGUGCCUUGAACAAAAACUACAUCACCAACUUUACCACCCUGCGCAGCAUGGGCGACAAGCUCGUCAACGCGCUGGCGUCCAACUUGGGUCUUUCGGGAACUCCGCCCACAAAGACCACUACUCUGGUCACAUCGACUACGACCAAGCCGACAUCUACCGCUACAUGCUCCUGGGCAGGACACUGCUUGGGCGCAUCUUGCUCCAGCGACGACGAUUGCUCGGACGACUUGGUUUGCAAGAGCGGUUCCUGCGCUAAUCCAUAG